AUGGCCAAGAUCAGGAUCCUCGAUGCCUGCGUCCUUUUGGUAAUAAUCCUCUUCAUGGGGAUGGCUCCGUACACCAAGGUCGAGGAAUCUUUCAACAUUCAAGCUAUUCAUGAUAUUUUGAACUAUGGCUUCUAUCCAUACCAAGUGGUUGAGAAGAACUACGACCACAUUUCUUUUCCAGGAGCCGUCCCACGGUCAUUUGUGGGGAGCUUGGUGAUAGCAGCGAUCGCCAAAGUUAUUUUAUUUCCAUUAUCACUCGUUGGAAUUGAUCUAAUGAAAACAGAUUCACUGCAAUUGACAUUGCAAAUGCUUGUAAGAGGUAUCCUAGGUUUGGCAAACGGGUUGAUGUUGAUUCGUUUUAGAGAUCAAUUGAACCAGGUGGUGUUUAUCGAGAGGAAACACAAACGAGGAGUUACCGGGUUUUGGUUCACACUCUUGGUUUUGUCUCAGUUUCAUUUACUCUUCUACUCGUCGCGAACCCUUCCCAAUUUCAUUGCUCUACCUGUGGUUAACUUUGCAUUCAGCAAGCUCAUAAGUGGUGAUAUCACUGGGUUGACGUGGUUGGCUUUCGUGGGCGUAGUUUUGAGGUUGGAAGUAGGCAUUUUGGGUGGUAUAAUAGCCCUCAUGUCGUCGCUUGGCUUUGGCAAUUACAGCUUUUCGUUCUGCACUUUCCUCUUGUUUUCAGGAGCCUUUGUGGGCUUGGCCACUUCCUUCUUCAUUGACUCGUACUUCUGGGGUAGACUUUGUGUUCCAGAGUUGGAAGCAUUUUUUUUCAACGUAAUUCAAGGCAAAGCCGCUCAAUGGGGAACACAUCCAUUCUCUGCAUACUUCACUGAGUUGUUGUGGAAACUUUUCAAACCGCCAAUUGUGCUCCUUUUACUUCCCUCAGGACUUUUGAGCGAUCCAGCUGAUGACGGAACAAACCCAUUCAGCAAAAAGACUCCCAGCAUAACCCAUCCUUCAAGAAACUCGUUGAGAAUCUUGACUCUUUCGUGCUUGACUUACGUCUUUGUGAUGUCGUUCCAGCCACAUAAAGAAUGGAGGUUCAUCAUCUAUGUCGUUCCCGUUUUUAUGAUGCUGGCAGCUAAUGCUUUAGCUUCUUUUCAACGUCAAGCAUCGAAAGGUUUUCUCAGCAAACUCCUCGUAUUCGUGCUUUUUGUUGGAAUUUGCUCCAGCAUUCUACUUUCGUUCUUGAUGAGCUUUGUCUCGAGUUUCAAUUACCCUGGAGGUGAUGUGAUUCAAUAUGCUAAUCAUUAUAUGCUUGAACACCCUGGCGUGGCCCAUCUUGAUGUCGAACCUUGUAUGACGGGAAUCACCAAGUUUACGGAGGUUCACAGCCCAUCAGUUCAGUUUGACAAAACAGAAGAUGCAAAAAAACUCCUGGAGUUAUGGGACAGUUUUUCUUUGCUUGUAACUGAAAAACGAUUGUCCAAUCGAGUCUACAACGAGAGCUCAAUAUCCUUUGACGGGUCUAGUUGGACAAUGAUUUAUUCAGCAAAAAAAUUUGAAGCUAUUUCCAUGCGUCCAUUAUUCUUUCUUGUCCAGCAGAAUCAAAAAGACAAAUCAGUUCUUCCUGCCUUUUUGCUUCAGGUUCUCAACGAGUUGACACAUGGACGAAUUGACACUGUAAAGCACCUCCUUGAGGCUAUGGUUGUUCGGCUGGAUUACCUCUACGUCUACAAGAGGAUAAAACCAGAUUCGCAACAGGCGUCAAGCAACCACCUAAUCCAAGAAUCCGUUGAACAAAAAGAAAAAGUUGAAGAGACCAAAGAUUUGGACUUUGAUAAAGUUGGUGAAAAAUUGAAUAACGAGAUAGACGAUUUGGAGGGAGUAUAUACGAACUAG